UUCUUUCCGUUGCUCCGACGUUGUUACGUCAAUGCAGCACGUCAUCCACCGCUGGCAGCCAUGGUGACGGCGAGACGCUGAACUGAGCGGAAACAUGGCGCAGUACAUGGUACUUAGCUAGCAGGCUAAGCGCUGUAAACACCAUGAUAAAACAAUGCGUUUUGCCAAGAAUACGCUAUCAAUGGCGGUUUCAUUUCGAAAGCUGAUAGAUAGAUAUUACUUAGCGUGAUUUAGCCUGUGUUCACUUAGCACUUCGUUGUUUGUGAGCGUUUAUUCACGUUAAUCCUCAGGACGCAUCUACUUAAUUAGCAUCUAUGCUAUCUUGAACAUUGUCUAGCUAGCCCCGGGGUGAUACUACACUGAACGAUCGCUGUUUAAGUUGUUACCCAUGGCUUUCUAUGAAGUCUAUUCUCACCCGGCUUUGAUUCGGUACAAGACAAGUGUUUGCACGAAAGCCACUCUCUUUCUUGUUAUUGUUCUGUGCCUUACUUACAUCCCACCUCUGCUGUUUGCCUAUAGGAGCCAAGGUUUCUGGGUAAAAAGAAGCACCUAUGAGGAACAGCCAGUUGUGAGGUUCCAGUACCAGACUCUGCUGGUGGCAGCAACCAGUACCUUGGGAGACUACAUAGCCUGGAGCACCUUCCCACAUCUUAACAACAUGCUUGGGGCCAACCUCCGGAUCCCCACUGUUUCUGUGAGAGAAGAGGACCAGAACCAGGAUGGGAAGUUGGACCUCCUGAUUUUUCAGCUGCAGCUACCUCUAAAGCCUGAGGAACAGGUGUACAGUGUCCAGCUGCUGCUCACCUUCAGCUACCAGCUCUAUCGAAUGUCCACUGUGGUGAUGCAGAGCCUGGCCUACGUGCAGCACUCUUCUUCUGUGCCUGGAGCUAAGCUGUUCAUCAGUGGAGACCUGAGGCUGCAGCAGAGGACACCCCUGCCUCACCGGGGACUCUACAAUAUUUACAAUGUGUCAGUGAUUAAUGGCUCCAGCCCCUUUGCAAGUGCGUACGACCUUAACAACAUCAUUAGGAGCUACCAGGAGAGAAACUUGACCACGACACUGUACUGCCCCAUGCCAGUCUGGACUGUGGGACGAGCUGCUACCUCUCCCUUUGAGCUUAAUGCUGAGAUCAGGUACCCUAUGGAGGUCAUUAGCUAUAACCCUGGCUUCUGGGAAACCAUCAAAUUUGCCUGGAUCCAGUACAUCAGUGUCCUCCUCAUCUUCCUUUGGGUCUUUGAACGCAUCCAGAGAUUUGUUUUUCAAAACCAGGUUCUACCCACCGUACCUGUACCCAUGGGAAAACCGCACCUGUCAUGAUGCAGUGGCUGUGCUCUGAGCUUCACCUAUAUAAGAACCACAGCCUUUUGUUGUGCUCCAGUUGUAACCCAUGGUGACACUAUAACACUCACCAAUAGUGUAAUAAUAGUAGAUAUAGUUUAAUAUUAUUUCAGACAUCAGAAUAAUGUAGGUCCGUUUUAAAUUGUUCACAGUAGUUCUUGCAGUUUACUGGUAUUGACUGCAUGGUGUUUCACAUUGACCAAUAGAUCUCCCAUGACCUUGCAUGUUCCUUUAAUAAUUUGGCCAUAUUUUACUUACAAAUGCUGAGUGACACACACAUUCUUAUUUUCAGCUGUCCCUGGACAGGUCAAUAAUUCUAGCCCUGAAAAAUGCAUUUUUCUAUUGGAAACAAUGGAAAUGUCGAAAAAAUUAGAAAUGAUUUUCUUUAUUUUUACUAGUUGCAUGUUUAUGACAGUAGUCUGUGGUGAUACACAAUAUAAAAAUGAAUGAAUUUAUUUUUGUAUUGUGCAUCACUUUAGGCCAUUAAUAAUAAAUGAUUUGUACAUUUUAGCAUUUUGUAUCUUCAUCUAUAAAGCUUUCAUUUGCUUUCAUCAUUUAAUGCUUUUUGGACUUAAAAGCUUCAUUUGUAACAGCAAUAAAACCCGUUUGAUUUAUGAAAAUAAUGAUGCCAUUAUUACAAAAACGUCUUAAGAAGGGUGGAAGGACAGAGCUUAAUGUUUUCUUUUAAAGGCAUUUUUCUGUUGUCAGUCCUUCAGGCAUGUUACAAAAAUAUGUGUUGGAUUAAUUUCCUGCUAUACCCCACGCUCAGCAUAAUACACCUGACCACAGAAACAGACUUAUCUUGGCCUCAUACACUGGGAAACUUUUUCUGUGAUUGACAGACCGCAUUUAUAGGGUUGAGGUUAGUAAAUCUUUGAGUCAAAUGACUGAGCAGGCCACAGUAUGAGUGCAGUAUCUAAAACUCUCAUCUGUCCUGAAGAUAUUUACAUUGUAAACAUUUUACAGCCACCCUCAUGUGAAGUGAUACAGUCUUAGUGCAGCUACAGACAGAGAAAUGGUGUUAGACAUCCUAAUUAAAGCUUUUUUUAAAAUGCCAUUUGUCCUUGGCCAUACCAGACCUACUGCAGAUGAAAUUUAGAUGACCAAAACUGAGAUUACCAGAGUACACAAAGUUCAGUGUUGAUUUUAGUCUCUGUAUGGGAUGAUUCAUGCCUUUAAAGGUACAGCAUGGGACUUCUGGGAAUCAAGCUAGUGGUAUAGCAUGAGACUCAAAAUCAAUCCAGUCUGGCUCGGCCCUCUCUCUCCCUGCUCUGCCACAGGCCAGAGACUCAGGCCAAAUUAUACAACACAGAGAAAUGAUCAAAUCAAAUUUUAUUUGUAUAGCGCCAAAUCACAACAAAAGUCA